AUGAGGGCAGGGAGAGAGAACGCGGCUCCGCGCCCCGCGCCUGCAGCUCAGGCAGGCGGGAGAUCAAGGCAGGAUGACAAGAACGAAGGCGUCGCUCGCUCGGGGUCCCUCGGGCGGUGCCCGCGGCCGGGGCAGGCGGGGUGGCGCUGCUCGGGCGGACACACGAUGCGCGACAUCGACUCCGGGCCAGGGAGAGCGCCAGCGCCGGGAUCCAAGGCUCGUGUUCCCAUUGGCCAACAGGAGCCGGGAGGCGAUUGGGUGGAACGGCCCCUUGGCCGGGUGACGGCCGCUCCGCCCGUCUUCGCUCUGAUUGGCCUGUGCCGAGGGAGGCGGGACCAGGAGCCGGGCCUCGUUGUCCGACCCCGAUGCUCCGCGGGGUGUGCGCUCGGGCGGCGCGGAGCCCAAGUCGUGUUGCUGGGCCGGACCGGCGGGCGGACGGACCCCGAGCGCUGCGGCACGUGCUGUGGCGACCACGGCGGGUCGUGCGGGAGACUGGAAUUCCGAGAAGCCAAACAUCUAGAUAUGCUGGUGCGGGAGAGACCCUCCUGUAAGCGGGUUCUGUCCAGAGUCCUGGCCCAUCGCACUCUGCUUCUGGAUGGCCGGGGUGUCUGCCUCUGACCCCGUGGAUGUCUGCCCUUCCCCAUCUCCAUGGACAGAGGAGAGAUUGGCAGCAGAUUCAGGUAAGGGUAAGAAGAGGAGAGACGCUGGGGCCUGUAGUCUGGUUCUCUGACGUACUGAUGUAAAUCCAGUGUCUUUCUGGUUUUUAAGCCCCCAGAAGGAGAAGCAGAGAAGACGGCAGACAACCAACUGAGAAAGGAAGAAAUCCCCGCCUGCUCAGUGGGACGGAAAGGUAAGGGAGUCUGGACACGGUGUCUGUCCUCUCUGGAAGUUGCAUCCCCAAGUUGUCGACCUUGUGAUUACCGCCUUGUGGAAGGUGGGAGCACUGGGGCAGCUGUGCUCACAGGAUUCGUGUGUUAGGUUCUGCUGUUGUCAUACACGGGUAACUGCUAGGGCCGUACUCGUCCUCUUUUAUAAACCGGAGGUAUGUCACAUCCCCCUUGUUUUUAAAGGACACCAAGCUCCCCGGGGUGUGGGAUUCAUUGCCAGUCAACUCCAGUUCUGUUUUGUGUACUCGCACAGGUCCCUGAAGGGCAGCUGGAGAAGAAGGAAUGGAAGCAGGAGAAGAAAGCUCGGGAACAACAAGUGUGGGUUGGGGUGGGCAGGAGGAAGGGGAAUGUUUAAUGUCUGCUUAGAGAAGUACAGAUGGAGACUGCUGAGUGCCUCUCUAUACUUUCAAACACCCAUUAGGAGCAAGCAGCCGCACGCUUCAAGUUGCACCGUGCACUUGGUCUUGGGUUGGCCCUGAUUGUGUGCAGGGAGGUUGAGGCUUUGUGCUAGUUGUGCAUAUUGAUAUGCAGCAGUGAAGGGUUUGGUAGGUUGUUUGGCUUUGCUAGUUAAGCAGUGGAUCAAAAUAGAUGCGAUUGAAGGCAGCGUAUAGGGUGUUCUUGGUUGGGUUGUUGAGCGGUUCUCAGCGUUAGUGUAGAAAUGCAGGUUUGUGCUCGUUUCUGUUUGUGGUUUGGCUGUAGCUUUGCAUAGGAUGUAGCUUGCGGGGCCAAUUUGAGGCUGUUUGUGGUGCAGUAUAUUUGCAUCUGUACGUUAAGGCUUCAGGGUGUUCGUGUUUAACCUCCAGCUCCGCAAGGACAAACAUCUUGUCCUGUGUCCAAAUGAUCAUAAAGGUACUUGGCGUGGUCAACAUCAAACCGGCAGGAGCAAACGGGCCCAAGAUGUGCACGGUCGAACAAUAAACAGUCUAAGAAACUUCACCUCGUGGCUGGUACUUUUCUGUGCUGAGAUUUGUCCAUGGGCCUUUCCUGUUGAGGAUGAACUUUUUCAUUCAGCCUGCCGAUCCAAUCUGUGUUCUUACUUGUGCAAUGCAAAUAUUUCCUCUUCUGAUGGACCAGUGGUAAAAGAAUGUGUAACACAUGAUUCCUUGUCAUUGGCACUGUAGGAAAUCAGUCCUGAGUUAUUUGAGGUAAAGCAUAGUGAAGUUGUGACGCUUCGGUGUAAUCUGUUGAAGUUCAGCUGCUCCUUGUCUCAAAAGGAAUACGUGGUCCGAAUAAAAAUAAAAUUCUCAGGAGA